AUGAAUGAUGCAUCGACGAUGGAUUAUGAACUGCUCUCCCCUUCUUUGGUUGAGCAUCCAGCCGGCGCUGCGGGUAUGGAUGCUGAACAGAAAACCGUCUUUGCCUUCGUCAUCUUCCUCCUGGUCUUCUUGGUGAUGCUGAUG